AUGAACACCAAACAAAUCGCGUUUAUCGUGUUGGAUAUCAUUCCAGGCAUCGUUCACAUCAGUGGCGCCAAUAUGGAGGGAGCACGUGCAAAUGUAACCCUACGACUGGCUCUGAAUUACGACAUCAACCCAGAAUGUGAUGAGACAGUGUACAAGGCAAUGAUAUGUGCCGGAGAGUUCACCAACGAGUGUCUUCUUUUUGGACCGGUGGCACGGUUUCUACAAGCCUCCUGUGCCUCUCAGGGUGCAACAGAACCGAUCAACUUCCUCGUAAAUUCAGUUGAAAGUCCCAUAGAACUGGAUGUGACGGUUCAGCGAGUGGGUGAAAACAGCGUGCAGCGUCUCCGGAGAACCGAAUUCCGAUUGACUGAAGGUGGAGAAAUUGCUGUCACGUCCUUCGAUCUCACUCUCAUUGUCCGCUUCCACGCUGAGUAUGUCUGCCUGCCAAACUACUUCGGCAAGCUCUGUGACAAGUUCUGCGAUACGAAGGCAGUGAAUCACGUUUGUGAUGAAUGGGGAAACCCUAUUUGUCGUUCAGGUAAAUACCUCCCAUUAUCACCCCACUCAUUUUUGUAA